AUGCCAUUUCUAGCAUCAUUUAUGGGAAUCAAAUCUCCAAUGCCUUACACACAAUUGGACGACUUAAGUAAAACAAAGGUUAGCAAUGGGAUGAACUUCGCUCAUGGUGGUACCGGUGUUUUCAACACAUGGAUGAAGAAGGAACCAAAUAUGACCAUACAAAUCGAUACUUUUAAACAGUAUAUUGCAGAUGGAGUUUACACCAAAAGCGACCUUGACGAGUCCAUGGCCGUUGUUUCUAGCUCUGGUAAUGACUACACACAAUAUAACGCAGUUUACCAUGGCACCCAUGAGGGAUAUCAAGCGUUUGUUGCAAAAGUCAUAGAUCAGUUAGAGUUGAAUAUAAGAGAAAUUAAAAAGACGGGAGUGAACAAAGUGGUAAUGCUGACUAUGCAACCUCUUGGAUGUCUUCCUUACAAGGAAAAAACUUUAUCCUACGAAAAGUGCGACAAACCUUUAAACAAUGACACCAUAUAUCACAACACGUUUCUGCAAAAAGCUGUUCAGAGGCUCAACAAGGAAACAACUGAUUCUCCAUUUCAUAUUCUCGAUCUCUAUAGCGCUUUCAUGUCUGUGAUCAAUAAACGAGGAGGAGGAGCAAACAACUCGCACUAG